AUGGGAAAGACAACUCUCUUGCAGCAUGUUUAUGAAGAUGAAGUCACAAAGGAAUUUGAUCUUAAAAUUUGGGUUUGUGUUUCCAACAACUUUGAUGCUAAAAAAGUCAUUGCAGAUAUGUUGGAAUGUCUUAAGAAGGAGAGGCCUCGUUUGGAUACACUUGUGGCACUUCAAGGGGGUCUCAAGGAGGAGCUGAUGUCCAAAAAGUUCUUACUUGUGCUGGAUGAUAUUUGGGUGAAGGAUGAGGAGAAGGAUAAAAGCAAAUGGGAAGAUGUGCUCGCCCCUCUAGCUUCUGGGAGUUUUGGUAGUAAGAUUCUGGUAUCAACUCGAACGGACUCGGUUGCACUGAUGUUUGCAGAGGUAAUUCAAAAGGAGGUGGAAAAAGUUAAAUUAGAGGGCCUAGAUGAAGAUGAGUGUUUGCAGCUCCUCAACUCUCAUGCAUUUGCUGGUGUAGAGAAUCCCCCUGAUGAUAUAAGAGCCAUUGCUGGAAAGAUAGUUAAAAAGCUUUUAGGAUCUCCAUUGGCUGCUAAAGUCAUUGGUGGUGUUCUGAAGAACAACUUGGAUGAAAGGCAUUGGAGGACGGUUCUAGAAAGCAAUUUAUUGGAUCAGAAUUCCAUCAAUUCCAUCCUAAGACUGAGCUAUAUAGUUCUGCCAAAUCAUCUACAAAAUUGUUUUGCAUUUUGUUCUAUGUUCCCAGAAGAUCAUGAGUUUGAUAAAGAUGAUUUAGUCCGAAUGUGGAUUGCAUUGGGUUUCAUUCAGCCGUCUCAAGGAACGAUUAUGGAGGAUAUCGGAGGAAGGUAUUUUGAUGUUUUAGUCAAAAAAAAUUUAUUUGACAAGGUCAAAUAUGGGCGCUACAAGAUGCAUGAUUUAAUACAUGAGUCAGCAUCUAAAUUUUUUGCACAUAAAUGCGGUAAACUUGUGGGUGAUGAAGAGUCAUCUCUCAAUCAGAUUUUUGAGACUAUUCGACACUUAUCUGUUCAAACUACAAAUCUAGACAUCUUAAGAAAGAUUGAGAAGUUUAAACAUUUGCGGUCUCUUUUCUUGUUCUAUGAAGAUUCUAAUCAGGAUCUUGGCAGUGCACUUACUAAAAUAUUCGAAGCAUCAAGAUGCCUGCGCUUAUUAUACAUACGUGCUUAUCAUGCAUUGGAAAUGAUACCGGAGGAGAUUAGAUAUUUAAAACAUCUUCGAUAUUUGAAGACAAGAGUUGAAUCAUUUUAUGCCACUAGGCUUCCAAGUUCUCUAAGUAAUCUCUAUCACUUGCUAUACAUAAUCUAUGAUCACAAAUUGAUUCUAACUUGUGGUGAAACUGAUGUUUUUUUACCAAGUGAUAUUAAUAACCUUUUUAACUUGCGUUAUCUGGAAUUGCCCGGGAAUUUCAAUUUUGUGAUAUGUGGGAUUGGGAAGCUAAAGUCUCUUCAAAAAUUGAAUAAGUUUGUACUUAGAGAUGAGAGUGGUUAUAGAAUUGGGGAGCUAGAGAAUAUGAAUGAUCUUUGCAAUUUAGGAAUCUAUUGCCUUGAAAAGAUUAAGGAUGCUGAGGAGGCUUGUAGUGCCAAAUUAUGUGAAAAGAGGAGGCUCACAAAUUUAACCUUAUGUUGGAGUACCAUUGAUUCCGGGAACAUUGAUUUAGAUGAGAACGUGCUCGACAACCUUCAGCCACCAAAAUGUCUUAGGAAUUUGAGGAUAGAGAAGUACAGGGGUGCAAGGUCUGCAAAAUGGAUGAACAAUGUCAAUUCGAUCUUCAAUCUAGAGACAAUCCGAGUGGACGAUUGUUUGGAGUGGGAAACUCUUCCUCCUUUCGGGCAACUUCGCUUCCUCAAGUCACUGAAACUUUAUAACAUGCCGAAAGUAAAAUGGCUCGAAAGUAAAUUUAAUGGGAAUGAUAAAUACCGAGCCUUUCCAUUGCUAGAGGUUUUACAUAUUACAAGAUUAGAAGCAUUAGAGGAUUGGUUUGAGGCAGGAGUAGCUGCUGAAGACGGAUGUUUGUUUCCUUGCUUAACUGAUCUAUAUCUGUAUAACUGCCCGAAGUUGAAAGAGUUGCCCUCUUUGCCUUCUGAGCUCAAGACCUUGAAGAUACUUAGAACUGGGUGGACGACUUUGAAUUUUCGUAGCAAUUCAAAUCCUAUUCCCCUUCAAUUAUUAGACGUCUUUCAGUGUCCAAACAUUACAUCUCUUCAUCUGGCUGAUGAAAUAGCAAGACUUGCAGCACUAAGAUACUUGACAAUUAGAGAUUGCCCCAAUCUGAUCUCUCUCGGAGAAAUGCAAACCAGUAAUAAUUGCCAUCUCAUGCUGAGCGAUCUUGAAAUAAGUGAUCCAUCGGUGUUGCUAAUGGAGCCAUUGAGAAGUAUCGCCUCCUUAAAAAAGCUGAGUAUUUGGGAUAAUGAUAAGCUGGUUUCAUUUCCAAAUGAGGCGGAGCAGUGGUUUCUCAAUGUUAGGUCUUCUCUUUCUAUGCUGCGCCUCCAACAUCUCAAAUCCUUAGAGUCUCUCCCUUCCUCCUUGGAAAGCUUAUCUUCACUUCAGAGCCUACAUAUUUAUGAUGUUCCUAUGCUUCGGGAAUUACCGAACCUUCCUCCCUCUUUGAAUCAUCUAUAUACUUGGAAAUGUCAUCCAGAGUUUAAGGAGCGCUAUCGAGUGGAUGGAGGCUCCGAUAGGCACAAGAUUGCUCACAUUCCUCAUAUCUCUAUUUAA